AAAAAGAAUUAAGCAAAGUUGUCGGUGGUUCUUAAACUCCACUGCACUGAGCUCCGAAGAGGACUGCGACAGCCCAUUGGAAAUGGCUUCUCCUACUCCACUCACUUCCUCCCUCCUCCCUCUCCUCGUGCUUGCCAGAAUCUCUGCCCUUCUGGUUGCUCUUCUUCUCCUUUGCUGGUCGCUUGCCUUCAGGUCUAGCUUCCUUCCUCAGUACUCCUCUCAAGAAGGCCUCAUCUACCCUCUCCUGCAUCCUCUAUUAAUGGUGAUCGGUUUUAUUCUCGUCAGUGGAGAAGCGAUUCUCGUUCAUCGGUGGCCGCCGGGUUCGAGAAAUUUGAGGAAAUCGGUGCAUCUGUGUUUGCAGGGAGUGGCUUUGGCUUCUGGGGUUUUUGGGAUUUGGACAAAGUUUCACCACGAAGACGGCGUUGUGGCUAAUUUUUACAGUCUGCAUUCCUGGAUGGGUUUGAUUUGCGUGUUCUUGUUCGGAGCACAGUGGGGGUGGGGACGCAACUCUGGCCCUAUACACGUUAUCUCAAUAGUAGAUAUUAAUUGGAAAGCAUCCAAACCACAUUAUUGUGUUAAUUACAUAAUGUCAAGCAUGGAUAAGAAUCAAAAGUUGAAAUGUGCUGUCACAAGGAAAAGCACAAAAGAAAAUCAAGAAAAAUAACAAUGCUGAGACAUAUAUGAUUUCUCCUGGACAACCCUGAAGUAUUUCUGCUAAUUAAUAAAAGUAGCUGCAUCCCUGACACCGGCGCAGUGGCUAAACUGUUGGAAUCAGGAAAAUGAAAUCUUCAAUGGUAAGAUUUUCUCCUUCCCUAGGACACAAACUAGCUAUAGUCUUGCAAGGAAAAUUAGCCCACAGAUGUUUGGUUGGGGAAUCCGGGAAUCAAAUGCCUGAGAGUAGGAUGUCCUUCCGCCAAAAAAAACAAGAUGUUUAAAUAAUUGUGGGCAUAAAGGGAUUCUGAAUCCCAAAUGCCUGCCUCAUAAGAUUUCAAGAAUAAACCGGAGGAUUUCCAACUCACGUGCAAUGCCCGAGAAUCCUUGAAUAUUCUUUGAACCAAACAAGCCGAUAAUUAGGUGGUUUAGCCUCCUCUAUUUUAUAUACUGAACCUUUUGAGGUGUCAAAAAUAGUAUGUAUGUGGUGCAUGCAGUGGUUGAUGGGUUUCCUGAGCUUUUGGCAUAGAGGGGAGGCGCGGAGAGCAAGGGUGGAAGUCUUGCCAUGGCACAUCUUCCUGGGCCUCUACACCUAUGGUUUGGCAGUGGCGACUGCAGAAACAGGGCUCUUGGAAAAAUUGACAUUCUUGCAGACAAAGAGAGGCCUAUCAAGACAUUGUGCAGAGUCCAUGGUUGUAAACAUUCUAGGACUUGGGCUGGCUCUGCUUUGUGGCAUUGUCAUUUUGGCUGCAGUUUCACCUAAAUACCGAAUUCUUCAAACAAAACUAGCAUAUUCAGAUCGAUAACGAGUACUUUUCGGCCCUGCUUUAACCAUUGCAAUGUAUUGUUAUCUUUUUGUUUCUGCCUAUUUGUUCUUGUAGAGAGGGCAUUUCUUUUGGUGGGGUUUCCAGUCUCUCUGUGUUCUGUUUGUUUUGAAGUUCAUAUGUUGUGGAAAUUGGGUUAUCAAAUUGAGGUAAAAAAAAUAAAAUAAAGAGCAAUUCCUAUUC